GGAGUGAGGUUUGGAGUAGAGAAAGCAUUGAGAGGCAAUAAAAAUCCUGAAGACUUUGGACUUGCAAAACUUUUUGCAGCGGAGAAGUUUUCAGGCAUUCAUUCUUUUUAUAUUGUUAACCUACUUCGGCCUCAGACCGACUUCCUCAUAUCACGACAGCAUACAUCUCGCCUUGAUUCGUGACUUAUCGAAGAUGUCUGACACAUCUGGUCACCCCCAGAAUGGCAGCAGCCCUGAGCUAACCAUGGCUGUUCUUGGCUGUGGGACAAUGGGCAUCGCCAUCCUCUCAGGCAUCCUCGCCUCCCUGCAAGAGAUGCAAGGCCCCACCAAGCCGGUCCAGCCUUCGGCAUCGGGGACAUCCACCCCCCUCAACGAGGAGCUCCCCUCGCGGCUCCCAUCCCGCUUCAUCGCCUGCGUGCGCCGCCCCGAGAGCGCCAAGAAGGUGAGGGCUGCCCUGGGCGGGUACGCCGGCGCCAUCAGCGUCGUCCAGAACGAGAACGUCGCCUCCGUCAGGCAGUCCGAGGUCGUCAUCCUCGCCUGCAAGCCCUACAUGGUGAGCGAGGUGCUGUCCGAGCCCGGAAUGGCCGAGUCGCUGCGGGGCAAGCUCCUGAUCAGCAUCUGCGCGGGCGUGUCUGUCGAGCAGAUCAACGGCAUCCUGCGCGGCGGCCCGUCGGCCGGCUUUGCGGAGGAGGAGGAGGACGACGACGGGCAGGGGUGCCGCGUCGUGCGGGCCAUGCCCAACACGGCGAGCCUGAUCCGCGAGAGCAUGACCGUCAUCGGCAGCACGACGCCGCCGCUCCCGCCGCAGGCCAUGGGCCUCGUGACCUGGAUCUUCCGGCGCAUCGGUGAGGUGGUGUACCUACCGGCGACGACCAUGGACGCCAGCACGGCCCUCUGCGGCUCGGGCCCUGCCUUCUUCGCGCUCAUGCUCGAGGCCGCCAUCGACGGCGCCGUGGCCAUGGGCCUCCCUCGCGCCGAGGCCCAGCGCAUGGCCGCCCAGGCCAUGCGCGGCACCGCCGGCCUCGUCCUCAACGGCGACCACCCCGCCCUGCUGAGGGACAAGGUCAGCACACCGGGCGGCUGCACCAUCGGCGGCUUGCUCGUCCUCGAGGAGGGCCGCGUCCGCGGCACUGUCGCGAGGGCUGUGCGCGAGGCCACCGUCGUCGCGAGCCAGCUCGGCAAGGGCGUGCAGGGCGUCAACGGGACCAGGUUUCCCGGCGCGCAGCUCGACUGAACAACGACUACCUGGGUAGCUUGGUUUGCGACGGGACUGCUGGAAUGAGAAAACGAAUGCUGAAUGCAGAGAACCGUUCUCGGCGUUUAAGGGACUGGGUUGCGGGUUGGUGGCAUUUUUCUUGGCGGCAAGGUUCUUCGGCAUGAUGGCCCCUUUUCCCCCAUCACCGGGGGUGCCAUAGCCGUGCGACAAUAAAAGCUCGAGUAAAGCUGAUUGAUUCGUGGUAUCUACUUAAAACACUGCCCGUGGAUAACAUCACCGUCCCCCUACUGCUGCGACUAGGUAUAGAACGCAUGCCCAUUAAAUAUGCGUCCGCUCAAUAACCUUGGUGGCGGGUCUCUCACGUUCAUCCAUCGGGCCUCCUAUGCAUCCUCGACACGCGCCUUCUUACUUUCGGGCGUCUCUGCCGUCUCGUCCAACUUCCGCUUGGCGGCAUGAUUGCCCGUGGUUUCUUGCUGCUGCCGUCCCUCUAGCAUCGCCAGGA